CCUUGCGCUCUAGGCUGCUUUUUGCAUUUUGGUGGUGUUGCCUGACAGCAUGAACCCGGCUUUUAGGAGAGUAUGGAACUGUGUUCUGUUUGCGGGGGCAUCAAAAGUAUCAUGGUGCCGUACACUGCACAUUGGAGUGCAGAGACAUCAGUUAUCCACAGAAAACUCUAGUGAUGCAUUGGUAAAAACUGACACACAAAGCUCCAAGGAUUACAGCGUAUUUCCACCUCUUCCCGGAGAAAACAGUUUAUUGCGCUGGGGAGGAAAAAAGUUUGAAGAGAUCCCGAUUGCUCAUAUAAAAGCUACAUAUAACAACACACACAUCCAGGUGACAAGUUCUGAGCACCAGCCCCUGGCACGCACUUCCUGUGGCACUGAAGGCUUUAAAAAUGCAAAGAAAAGCACAGCUGUAGCAGCUCAAACAGCUGGCAUCUCUGCCGCAACAAAAGCAGUUAAUAAAGGGGUUUCCCAUGUGCGAGUUGUUGUGAAAGGACUAGGACCUGGUAGAUUGUCUGCCAUCAAGGGGUUAACCAUGGGAGGUUUAGAAGUUAUUUCAAUUACAGACAACACCCCAAUUCCACACAAUGGCUGUCGUCCACGCAAGGCACGUAGAAUGUGAGCUGUGCCAGAAGUGAACAGUCUUUAGGAUUUCCAAGAAACGCCACUUAAAUGCAGGAAACAUUAACAUGAAUGAAAUAUACGUUUCUCAAUAUGGCUUAUUCAUCAGCUCCUGAAGUCUAAUUCCGUGUGUAUAAAAAGUAUUAUUUGUCUCUCUUCCUUUUUUGUACAGAAGCUCUUUAGUUAAGGGAUACACACACACACACAUAUAUAUAUAUUCACAUAAACAUUUAUAUGUUGAAAAAUAUAUGUAUGCAUUUUUUUGUUGAGCCCAAUGUUAGUUUUUAAGAUGCUUCUAAUAAAAUGAAAAUGUCAGAAAA